AAAUUGAGAACAGAGUAUGGAGAAAGAUAGUGAAUCUAUCAUCGAUAAAAUAACAAAGAACUGAUAGAAGAAACAUAAUAAAUAAUUGUACAAUAUGUUGGAAUUAAGAUUAGUAACAAGUUGUAUUAAGGGUCAAAUAUUACAAUGGUUAGGCCAAAUAAUGAGAAGAGAAAAGAAUAAAAGAGUUAGAGUAGCAUUGGAUUGAAAACCACAAGGAAGACUACAUAGGAAAAGAUGGAUUGACGCGGUGGUAGAAGAUCUAAAAACCCUAAGAGUUAAGACCUGGAAAGAAGCAACCUGAGAUAAAGAGACAGGUGUCAAUAUGUAAUAAUAGCGGCAAGGUAGAUACGUUAGAAUUAGAAAAAUAAGAUUAUAAGAAUAUCAUUCUUAAAUAUUUUAUUUAUGUACUUAAUAUUAGGACUAUUAAUGAAAGUAUUUAAUAAAUAGGUUCUCAAUCGACAAUGUCAAUUAAAAGUAUUAAUAUAAUUUACUUUUAUAUCAAUAACAAAUAAAUUAAGCAAUGAUUGCUGACGGCUCAAACUGAAAUUAUCCAAGGUCUUUCCAACUUUUUUGUACAUAUACAAUGUCCUUUAUUGUUAAUAACUUUUUGUAGAUCUGGAGUAGGGAGAAAUACCUUAUUUAAUUUGUAAAAGUGGGCAGCAAACUAUAUUUAGUACAAUACUUUGAAUAAAUUGUCUAUUAGUAGAGACAAUUACUUAAACAGUACUCGAUACUACGGUAAAUAUAAUAGUAAUUACAUACAUCGUCACGUUUUCAUCUAUGAUCAUAACCGAAAAUCUAAUAUCAGUAAGUAGUUAACGAUCUAAACUUCUUUACUCAAUGACUUAAGGUUCUAUCAUAUUUCUCCGUCGACAAUACGAAAUAUCAGAUAACCACGGUUCAAUUGAGUACCAUUCCCAGACACACAUACCACUUGUUAUUCUGAUUACACAUAUACAUACGUUCCCGUUGUAUAAACUGAAAAUGGCGUUAAUGUUUUCGUCAUCAUUCAUUCAGUCUGCCAUUCGUGAUAAUAAUUGAACUUCUAGAAGUUAUGAUGAUAUAGAACUUGUUUUUGAACAAACAAAAUUAAAUAUGUUAUGAAAUUAUUGACCGAGAGUAUCUCGGCGGUGAUUGAUUGAGAAAUAUAUUAUUCAUAAUUACUUAUAGUAUCCGCCCGUUUAUUAAUAUGUGGAAAGUACGAGAGUUAGCCGACAAAGUAACAAAUGUAGUGCUAAACUAUACAGAAAUUGAAGCUAAAGUAAGAGAGGCAACUAACGACGAAGCAUGGGGACCAACAGGUAACUUAAUGCAAGAAGUUGCUCAAGCUACAUUUAUGUUUGAACACUUUCCUGAAGUUAUGGGAAUGUUAUGGAAAAGAAUGUUACACGAGAAUAAAAAAAAUUGGAGACGUACUUACAAGAGUUUAUUGUUGUUAAAUUAUUUAAUUAAAAAUGGUUCAGAAAGAGUUGUUACAUCUGCUCGAGAACAUAUUUAUGAUCUUAGGGGAUUAGAAAACUAUUCAUAUGUUGAUGAAUUUGGAAAAGAUCAGGGAAUUAAUAUUCGGCAUAAAGUUAAAGAACUAAUUGAUUUUAUUCAAGAUGAUGAUAAACUUCGUGAAGAAAGAAAGAAAGCUAAGAAAAAUAAGGAUAAAUAUAUUGGGAUGUCUAGUGAAGCAAUAGGAUUUAAAGGAUCUGGGACUGAAAAAUGGGACGAUGUACCUCAAUGGAGAAAAAAUAGUAAUAAUGAAUUUAGCGAUAAAAAAAAUAUUAAUACUCUAGGAUUUGAAGAAUCACCUAAUAACAGUGAUGACAAUGAUAUUUUGGAUUCCGAACCAGAACUUGAAAUUCCUCAGAAACCUGUUGAAAUUUUUAAAGAUCGAAGUGUAACUCCUACCAAAAUUCAAAGUCCAGUUAAGCAAAAAACACCUGCUAAACGUAUUGAUUUAGGUGCAGCAGCUCACUAUGGGAAACAAACACAACAGCCUGUGAUCAAAGCUACAACUAAUAACCUCUUACAUACUGAAACAAGUUCAGUUGACUUAUUUAAUUUAGUAGAUAACUCUAAUAAACCAUCAAAUGAUUUUGGAGAUUUUAGUACUGGUCCCAGUACUAUUAACCAAGGUAUGGAUGUUGACGAAUUUGCUGAUUUUAGUUCAGCAUUUACUCAAUCAGUAUCUAUUAGCAAUAACUCUUCAAACUCUGUUCAAAAAAAUAACCAAAACUUGACUUCAAAUGCUGAUCUCCUAACAUCAUUUCCACAGUCAUCUAAUAAUCAACCAAGUAAUAGUUUAUUGGAUCUCAGUUUUGAUACUUUAGAUAACACAGCGCUGAAAAUAACAUUGAAGAGCUUAGAAUCCAUUCAUGAGUAUUCAGAUUCCGACAUUAAAAGUCUGUUAAGAGAAUUUGUUGAAAUAAUGCCAGGUCCAAUGACUCCACAAAAAUUAACAAAAAUUGAUAUUACUGAUUAUUCAGAAAUUAUCCAAGUUUAUGGUUGGAUUUUAGACAUUUUAUUAGAAAAAAUUGAUAUUGUUGAAUAUGUUCAAUUGGCAAUACCUAUAUUUGCUCCAGAUGGUGGUACUUUAGAGAUGCUUGAUAUAUCAUUACAUACUCUUUGGAAUUAUGUACAAAGGAAUCCAUUAUCAGCUCAAAGUGAUAGUGCAAUUUUUUUAAUUAAUGAAAUAAUCCAAAGUGAUUUUAUUAAAACUUCAUUAAUAAUAGAAACUUUAAAUAUCAAUCAUAAUCAUUUGAUUGCAGUAAUUGAGUUCUUAUUAUCAUUACCCACGAGAAUUGCUAACAAGUUAAAACAAAAUUAUCCUAAACAAUUUUGUGCUGUAGAUUAUUCAAAUAGUUUAAUGUACCAUGUGUUACUUGUCAUUGAUCAGAUAACUCAACUUUAUAUAUUAGAAAAAGUAAAACCAAACAUUAAACCUAUAUCAAUUCUAUUAGGCAAAACUAUUGCUCAUUUUACAGACAAUAAUUUUUCAGUCAUAUUUAAUAUAUUGGAAUGCUGGUGUUUAGAUGCUAACUAUGCCACAAUAAUUAAUAGCAUAUUAUUAGAAGUUGAAAGAAGAGCAAUUGAUAGACUUGGUACAUUAUUAUGUUGCAAUUUGAAAUCACCAAAAUCACUUUAUUCAUUUUUAGGUGAUGCCAUAAUUAGUUACCCAAAUUGGAACUAUACAUUAUGUAAAAAAUUGGUUUUCCUAUCCUACUAUGAAGAUGACUAUAUUAUUUUUAAUAUUAUGUGUUACUUAAAUUUAGUACAAAUGCAUUCAAAUAAAAACAUACUAUAUGAAGUACUUUUACAACUUGUAGAAGUGUGGAGUGACAAGAGUGCUAUAUUACACACACCAUUUGAACAACAUUAUUAUUUAUCAAAAUUAAUUGUUUGUGGUAGUUCUUUUUUAACUGAUAAAAAUAUUGAUGAUUGUUUUAAAAAUAAUUAUCAAAUGAAAAUUUUUGAAGGAGUUCCUGUGCAUUUAGAGAGGUCAGAAGAAAAAUUAAGAGUUAUUGGAAUGAUUGUAGCAGAAAUUAUUAUUGGUUUAAUAAAAUGUAAUAAUCAUAAUGAAGUUAAUCUAGAAUUUGAAUAUACUAAUCUCAGUGGUGAAUCAAAAGUUAUUGUUGAUUCAUUAAAAAGUUUUCAAAAUAUUUCAGUUAAUAAUGAAUUAAAAUUUGAAAUGGGCUUUGAGAGUUUAAAAAAAUAUCACACUUGGUUUAAUAAUGUAUCAAAUUCUAAGAUGAUCACAAAUACUGCAUUGAAGAAAUCAUCAACAAUGACAUGUAAUCAAGUAGAAAAUAAAAGUGUAAAAAUUGAACUUGACAGUGAUGAUGAUGAAUUUGAACCUUAUGAUUUAGCUAAUGAUAUAAAAACUAAUAUCAAGAAUUAUCCAAAAUAUGUCAGAGACCUUAUUGAUGGCCUAAAUGAGCAAAAAGAUGCUAAUAUUUGGAUUGCACACUUGGAAGCAUCUGAAAACCUCAUAAGAACUCAAUUAAUAAAUGAUAAUGUAAUGUUUGCUAUAGAAUUAUUAACAUUGUUAAUAACUUUGGAAAAACUGUUUUAUUUAGAAAAUUUUGAAAGCUUAAGGUAUCAAUCAGCUGUUGCAAUAAUUACUAUUUUUCCAUCCGAAUGUGCAAGCCAUCUUAGUAAUAUUUUCUACGAGUCUGUUGGAAAAUAUGCAGUUUCUCAUCGUAUUUUAAUUUUAAAUGUAUUAACAGGCGCUGCUAAAGAAUUAUCGGGAUGUGAAAAGAGUGCUAAUUAUAAAACUUUUAUUGAACAAUCAGUUAAAACCAACAUUAAAGAUUGGGAAAAUAUUGUUAAACAAAGAAUUCAGCAGAAAACAAGAAUAAUUUCAUCACCUAAAACACCAGUUAAAUGUCACAAAAAUAGGUUUGCUUUAGUUGCUGAUGCUUUUUUUUUUCCUUUAAUUCGUGGAAAUAUAUCAAGUCCAAUUAUUCAUAAACAUAUAGAUGAUUCUACACAGUUAAACUUUCUUGGAGUAUACCUUUUAAAUUCUUUAUCUAUUAUACUAUGUUGUGCUGUUAACUCAGUACAUGUUACGAGAAUGAGUAUUGAACUUUUAGAAUGGAUUUGGUCAUUAAGAUUUCAUAAAGAUGUUAAGAUAAGAACUGCAGUUAUGGGAUGUGUAGCUGCUGUUUUGCUAUCUGUACCAAAAUCAAGAUUAAUUGAUGAUCUCUCAAGAUCAAUGUUAGAAUUUGUUUUGUGGUUAGAAAAUGUUAUAUCAUCAGAAGGUGUUAUGAAUAGAAUUGAUAAUGAAGUAGAUGUAGAAGCAAGAAAGUUUGCUUUGCAAGUUUUAAUUCUUUACAAAAAAACAAUUGGCAAUCAUUUAACUAUUAAUUAAAUUUAAAUUUGUAUUACAUAAAAAUUAAUUUGUACAAUACAAAUUUAUUAUUAUUUA